GCGAGUUGGGGCGCCGUCGCGGACCAAUGGGAGGCGGCGCUGCCGCGGGUCACGUGGUGAAGCCGGUUAGAUUUGAACGGCGGCAGACACGGCGCUGCCGCUGCUGCGGCCCGUUCACUCGGUCACUAGAUCGAUCACUAGAUCGAUAACUAGAUCGAUAACUAGCUCGGUCGAUAGCACGCGAGUUUGCUUGCUUGCUUGCUCGGUCGCUCCGUCCGUCCGUCCGUCCGUGAUCCGCCAUGGACGAGUUUCUGCACAAGAAUCUUCAAGGCAACGAGAGGCGCUUCAGGCGGAGGCUUGAGCUCAUAUUCGAGAAGUAUUCACAUCCAUUUGAAGAUGCUCCCAUCGUUGACCUCGACAGGAUGACCUACGUUACCAAGUUCGGUGAAAAAAAAUGGAAUCCAGAUGCCGACUUGGAAUAUAUGAUGCAUAUGGAAGAGCAGAGUCGUCGUGAAACAAGAAAUAAAGUUUUACAUAAUGAAGCAACAUCAAUCAACAGGAAUCAAGUCUAUCAGAUGCAAGUGCAGAAUCGAAAAUCAAUGCAAGGUGAACAUAAACGUCACGGAGAGGUGAAGAAUGUGAAACAAUAUCAACAUGCAAAGGAGGAAGAGGAGACCCUGUGCCAUUCUGAGAACCUGGGGACAUUGGAUGAAAGUAACAGCUUUGAUGAAAAGCAGUGCCUCACUGAGAAUGGCAUGUUGGAAGGCAGCCUUCAAGAGCAAGACACGUCAGCCAUGUCGGUUGAGAUGGUUAAUCUUCCCUCUACUCCAUCAAUGCAACACACAGCCACCAACCACCAUGGAGGCCAGUUGCUCAAGUGUGUCAUCAUGGAGAUUUCACCUGAAGGCUCCCAUGCCCCCAUCAACCGGACUGCCACUGAAACCAGUCCAGCAUCCUCGGAUGAGGCAGUACCAGCGGACGUGAGCAACUCCACCAUUGGGGAGGUGUAUCCAUACAUGCUCGCCAAGCUGUCAAAGCUCAUCGCCAAGGACAGCAGUCGGCACACAAAACAUCGUGCAUCGCACCACAUAUGGAGAAAGAAUGGGCACUUUCAAUUGGCGGCAGGCAGGGCAAGGGUGGUUCGGGAGCGGAAGCGAUUGGAUGCCGCCGCGAGGAGUUAUGGCAAGAGCUUGGUAAAGAUGUGGAACCCUGCUGAAAUUGAUGAGAGCGACGACGCAACGGAUUGUAUAAUCGGUGGCGUAGUGGGUCACGUUAAACGAUAUAUUCCAAGUGAUCUUUGUGGUCAUUCUUGCUUUGAAAAGGAACAUUUUACUUUUGGAAGUAUGGAUAAGGGAUGCCAUCAGCGUGAUAGUGGGGUUACUGCUGCUUCUCGGCCACACAUACAGGUAUUGGGCAGUGACCAGAACAGCCCAGUGGAGGCAAAUACAUUGCAGCUCUGCUCAUUGACGUUCCCCGAGUCCAUGACUGCAUCCAUCCCAAGGAAGAGCAUCCCAAGGGAGUGCACGCAUCAAGCAUGCAGCCAUAGUGAGCGGCUCUGCAGACCAAUAUCCGAAAGCGCAUUGCCCUCCGCAUCACAGAGUUCUAGUAAGAAAAGCAGUUCUGUUUCUUUUGACAACCUUUACCAACUGAUGCUUUCUGAGAAUAAUGCUACCACCGUGGCUACUCAUUCAACUUUUAAGGGUAAUGACUCGGUGGGGAGUCACAAGGAGGUGAGUUCGUUAGUACCAGCCUCGGCUCUGUCGAUGCCCAACUUCCCAGAGUCUGCUCAGGGCCACAGGGCCCUCUGGCAAUUGGAACAGGAGAGCACACACAGGUUUGCUUCAGAUGGGAUGUCGUAUGCAACCACGUUGCCAAAGAAUAGAUGGCUUUACCCUGACACCUCUGUCUGUCAGGCGAAUGCUUUUCUAUCAUCGGAUGUGGCUACAGAAACCUCCGUGCCAAGGUCUGUUUUUCCACAGGGUAGCAACAUGGCCGCAGUGACAAAUGGUGCACUCAAUGGGGUGAACAGUACUGAGUAUGCCAUUGCAGACCAUAGUGUUUUUGUACAACCUCAAAGGCUGGAGCCCUCAGUUUGUAACUUGGAUUGCCGGUGGUGUGGUGAUGAGGAAGAAGGCAGAAUGCACUCACGCUUACACACAGGGGAGAAGGCCUUGAUGCCUCUUAGUGAGAAUGUCAUAAAUAGGUCUUUGGAAGAGGAGCAAGACGUACAUUUCCAUCCACGUUUGGAAAUAGUUGGAAAGCCACAGGACAAGACUUCCAGACAGGUCCCCUUUGUCAUCAGGAAUCAUUUCCUUUACACAAACGGUCCUUCCAUGGCAGCCAUGCCGGAUAAACGAGACUGCGGUGACACCGGUGGCAGCCAAAGUUCUGCUUCGGACCGGAAACGCGAAUUGUUGAAGCACUUUCUGAAUCCUGGUGAGCAGGCACGCGACCACAGGCGUAGUGCCAGCCCGUCGCUGCUUCGGCAUAGGUCUGUGCCCUUGUCAUUUCCUUCGCCGCGCUCGGAGCACAGGCACAGUGACUGGGCUCACUCCCUCAGAGCGGAGGCUCUCGCCCACUCCAUGAGCUAUAUCCAGACCAACGCAGGUGAUUACAACGCUGCGCGGGAGCACAGUCCGAGAGGCCGCGAACGGGAAUUGGCGAGGGCCACGAGGUCUGGGCUGGACAUUCUGGCCAACAUCGAGUGCUCCCCUGUUAGCAGAAGGCUGUCGAUGAUGUCUUUGAGGUCACCGGUCCUCGCGUGCAGAUCGCCUUUGCCGAGAAGACAGAGUCGGAUUUCAGACUUUCCUUUGGACAGCUUGCAAGAGAUAGAUAGUGAUCAGCAAAUGCAUCCCUGUAGCCCCAUACGACGUUCGUCGUGCCCUGCAUCAGGUCUGAGGAGUCCAGCCUCCAUUAAGCACAGGGAGAAUAUCCACAGAAAUCUGAUGCCGAGGAAGCUGAGCUACUCGAAUCAAAGCGACAGCGGGAAGGACAGCAGAAGCCAUCACCUCUUCAAGAGCCACAGCAAGCUUUUGUGAUUGUGACCUAGCUGGCGCCUCGCUGCCAACAAGCCGGCGGCGUACUUGCAUCAAACUAAAACGAGUCGCACGAAGACGGUGCGAUCUUUUGGCAAACAAAUAUUGGCCAUUUUUAUUAAUGAUAAGUUAGUAAUUUGGUACCUAUUUUAAUUACCCAAAUCCCAUUUUUUUAAGUCUAUUUUUUAAUGAAAAAUGUAAUAAACUGGUCCUAAAUAGACUUCUGCCAAGGUCUCUUGUACAAAAAUAAGUUAAUGUUGACUGUGGAAUAAAGAAUUUUGAAAUUA